AUGGACGCUCUGGGUAGUGAGCUGAACACGGUGAACUUCGUCUUGCUUCGGACCAAUCUGAAUGGAAUGAAAGCCAGGAUCUGGAGAUACUUGGACCCCAUCAGUGAUGGCAGCUGGCUGGUAAUGCUUGCCAACUCCGAGCCUCGGGAAGCACUACAGUCGAUUCGAGAUGCAAUUGCUGUGUUUAACUAUCUGAACCAUCCAUAUGUCCGACCUAAGCUCAGGGGCAUCAACAGAGUGCUCCGAGAAGAGUUCCAGCGAGCAUCUGAUGCAUACAACUUUGGGCACCCCAAUGCUGGGGUCAACAUACGCGAUUGCUGGGAUACUUGGUUCAAAGAACACCUGGAAGAUAUGGCGUCAAAUACGCGUACGUGGGUGCGCGGUGCCAUUGCGGAUAUGCGCCGGGCAUGGAGCCCGUUGAACAAUCCCAACGACGAAACGUAUCAGGCGAGAGCACUACAGGUCAACCAGCAUCUGACCCGUUUGGAAACGCUUGGUCUUACCAAUGGGGAAAUUUCCAUUGACACUACGAAUCUGAUAUAG